GUACUACAGUCCUGACGGGGAGACGGAUACGAGGAGUAGCUGCCUCCCUUGCCUGUCUGCCCCCCGGGGGUCACCUGAAUGCCAAGGCUCCGGAAAACGUCCAGCCCGCCUGACCCGAAACGCCGAGCCCCACCCAAGACACGGAGAAAAGUUGACACUGAAUGGCACCCGGGAUGGGAAGCCGGAUGAGAGCGCUACGCAGUACGCGGUGCUGGCCAUCGUCCCCGUCUUCUGCAUUAUGGGUCUGCUUGGCAUCCUUUUCUGCAACCUGCUGAUGAAGAAGGGGUACCACUGCAUGGCCCAGAAGGAGACGGAUGAGGAGGCCGCUAAAUCAGACCGAACCG